AUGCGUCGCCCAAAGCAGCACAACGCCAACCUGUCGGCAUUGAUAUUGAUUGGCCUGUGCAUCGGCCUGACACACGGCCUGUUGCUGUUUCCUGCCACAACAGUGCUGCAAAUUACCUCAUCCAUAUCGAUACCUCUGGAUCUGCCCACAAGAACCAAGGUCUUCAUGGAUCUGGGCUUUCAGAUGAACUACAAUUUGCCCAAUCUGCUGUCGUCCUUCUACAACUCGACCAUUUGGGCGGAUGAACUGUCGCGACGUCACAAGCGGCAGCUGGACAAUCGCAUUGAAGCUGGCCUGGGCGUGGAGAGUGCGCUGCAUCCCAGUGACUUUACCGCGGGAGAGCUGUAUGAGGGCCUGGAGCAUAUGCUGGAGAAUUACGGCUACCACAGGUCCUGUCUGCUGCGCAGUGUCUGUGAGCUGUCGCUGCAUCCCUUUGCCGAGGAUCACAUCUACGGCCUGGUGACGCAAGUCAUCACCUUUCUGCUCACACCCUCGCAGCACGAAGGCUUUGCGGCUGGCGAGCAGCUCUACCGCGAGAGCUAUGAGCGAGCCGAGCAAAUUGGCUUCCUUGGCGGCGACUGCCAGCGUGAGUAUCCCAGCUGUGGGAUGGAUAUCGUGAAUCUAGUCACUAGAAUAGUCAGAUGA